AUGACAAAACAACGUGACGAUACCAAGACCUGCAUCCAUUUGGCUAAUGAAACAUUUGAAAGUAAGAAGCCCUUCUCUUUCAGUUCCCUCUUUCAGAAUUUACUGUUUUUAAUACUAUUUGCACAACUUUCUAGCUUUAUAAUUCCAUGCCAAGCUACAUGCAGAAAAGUUGACCGUGACUCCCUUUUAGCCUUCUCCUUUGGUGUCUCCAGUUCAAAUCCUUUGAAUUGGUCUUCCUCCAUUGACUGUUGCAGGUGGGAAGGUGUCAGUUGUGAUGACAAUGAUCGGGUUAUCCAUCUGUUGCUCCCAUCAAGGGCACUUGUUGGAAGCGUAUCUGCUUCUAUUGCAAACCUCAGCCGUCUCUCUCAACUCAAUCUCUCGCAAAAUAGGCUAUCAGGUCCUAUUCCAGACGGAUUUUUUAUGGCCUUCAAACGCCUGGAGGUCGUUGAUUAG